AUAUUUAUUUUUUUAUUUUUUUUCUUCUUUCUUGCUUGCUUGCUUGCUUGUGCUCGAGGAUCGAUCGUGAUAAUUUUAUUCGGUUUUCAUUAAAGCCUCGUUAACGGGCGUGGAGUGCUCUGUGCUGUUCUCUCGUUGGAAGCGCGUUGAUUGUUUUUCAAUAAAUAAACUGCAACCGAUCGCGUUUGUUCGUCUGCCACGUUGAAAAAAAACACUCGAGUUAUUCCAAGAGUUCUCGUUGGCAAAGUUCAUCGAUACUUUCCGCAGUCUUAUUUUUGAUCGGAAAUUUUCAAAUAAUUUACUCCAAGUAUGAAGGAACGCAACGUACAAUGAUGCUGAUCCAAGCCUCGAUCGUUCUCGCGUGCGCUCUGCUGGCCCGGUCGAGUCCCACGACCACCGAGGCCGCAUCGUCGUCGUCGUCCCCGGCGCCCAGCACCGAGAUAAAUCUCUGCCCCUGUGGAGGAGGUUACGGCAACAGUAGCAGCAGCAGCAGCAGCAGUUCGGCCGCCACGACCCCCGCGACCCCCGUGAUCCACGGCAUGACCUGCAUGUGCCACUCGAGUCCGGCGCACGCCAGCCACAUGCGCGACGACUACAAGUACAGUCCGGGCGUCGGGGCGCACAAGCUGCACACGAGGGCCGCCACCUGGAACGAGGCGCGCAAACUCUGCAACGAGGAGGGCGGCCAUCUGGCCAUCAUCAACUCGCUCGUCGAGGCUCACGUGAUGCGCGACAUAUUUCAAAAUUCCGGCCCCGUGAAGGGUGCCUCGUACGCCGACUUGGCCUACGUCGGUAUUCACGAUCUUUACAAGGAGGGAGAAUGGGUCAGCGUACUCGGCGAGUCGCUCUACAAGACCGGCUACACAGCCUGGUCGGACAAAUGGGGCGGACAGCCCGACAAUGGAGGUGGCAAUCAGAAUUGCGGCGCAUUCAUGAAGGACAGCGGCGGCCUGGACGACGUGAAUUGCGACGUGUCUUUCGCAUUCUUCUGCGAAAUACCCAUGACUUACAUUAUUCACUGAUUCUUCGAGUUCCCCGACGUAUAUACUAGCAGUAGUAGUGGUAGUAUAGCGACAAAGUACUUUCUGUGCCAUUCUCUUCUUACUUUUUUGUACUUUUAUUUUUACUAAAAUCAUCUAUACCAAAUAAUAUGUAAUAUUGUAAAUGUGUAACUAUAUAAUCACUUGUAGUACGUUUGACUGAACUUUAUAAUUUUUAUACAUUUUUUUCUAUGGAAAAUAAAAUUUCGUAAAAAUGCGAAUCAAGCGAGAGAUCGUACAACUUA